AUGUCACAACCAAAAAACACCUCACGAUUAUUCUUACUCUUUCCUGGAAGACAUUUACUGAACACCAAUUUUCAAUUUUCAUAUUUAAUGAACCAUUUGACUCGGCCCAUCUCGGAAUGGUCUGAUUUUUACAAUCCGAAUACUGGAUUGAUUAAGAAAUGGAUUCUUGGAAAUGAACCACUUGAACAUGAAUACAUCUCUCAUGUGGUGUUUUGUGUAACUUCGGCCAAUCAACAAAAUUCUCGAUACAAUCCCAUACCUUUCUAUGUAAGAUCUAUUGCAUUGGAUCGAUUCGGACAAAAAUUGGUGAAGGCUUACAACAAGCCCGAAAAGUUAAUUUCUCAAUUCUCAAAUCUCAACGAGAACGAUGAUGAAAUUUCAAAGGAUCCGAAUCGAGGAAUGGAGAAAACACUUUCCAUUCAUCAUCAUCAUCAAGGACUGAAAUAUUCCAUCAUUCCUGUUCCACAUUUUCAUCCAUCGGAUCGAUUUGCAAGUCAUUUAAUUAAGAUGACACGAGAACAUUCUGAGGGAGAAUUAAUGUUACAUCCAGGGAAUACCAUUGUGUUAUCGAGCACUUUGGAUGUCAUUAAGCAAUUUGACAAACUUGGAUAUUCGGUAAUUACUGCUGAGAUGCAACGUCGAUCCAAUACUACUGCUACUGCUACGACUACGACUACAGCUACUACGACAACGACUACUACAGGUGAUCAGCAAGAGAAAUAUGAAUGGAUUGAAAGACUUCCUGUUCAAGUAUUAAGCAAGAUGGUUGAAGAGGUGGGCGAUGGCCAAAUGAUCUCUCACAAAAAUUGGCCUCUCAGCAACAUUGUGAAAUCUGACAUGCAUUGGGCCACAACAUCCACAUGGAUCGAUUUUGUGGAUGUUCCAAAGAGAAUAUUCCGAUUGUGGAAUGAUCCAAUUUUAAACGAUGCAGGUUCCUUGACUGAGACUCGAAACUAUGAUACUUAUGCAUGGGAAAUGUCAAACACCACAGUCAUUAACUUAAAAUGGAAUGACAUCAAACAUUUUGUAAAGACCGGAAAAAUUGUUGAUGAAGGAUGUGCAGAUGGAGCAUUGUUACUCUGCAUUUCCAAGGAUUAUCCAGAUUGUGACUUGAUUGGUGUUGAAAUUACUACAGAAUUUUUAGCUCGAUGUCAUGAACGACAACGAUUAGGUCAAUUUGGUUCCAGUUUUGUUUUCUUUCACCAACGAAAUAUUACCAAGCCUAUCUUUGAAGACAAUAGCAUUGAUACUACCAUUUGUAAUAGUACCAUUCAUGAACUUUACUCUUACUCACCUACUGGAACUCGAGAACAAGUUGUGAAGGAUUAUUUACAAUACAAGUUUAAUCAAACAAGAUCUGGUGGACGACUCAUUGUUCGAGAUGUUAUUGGACCUGAAGAAAAACAAAAAACAGUUUUAUUGUGGCUCAAUCACAAAGAAGGAAAAAAUCAUUGGCUUCCUUCUGAUCCGCAAAAUAAGAAAGAAGAAUAUGAACACAUUGUACAGACCACUGUGAAAGGUCAUACAAGUGCCAUGCUGCAACUAUUGAAUGAGCUCUCUACUUUUGCAUUAUUUGAUCGUUUUGUAAAAGAUUUUGAUUUCAGUAAGGACAUUUACAAUGGUGAUGUUGAAUUUUAUGAAAGCAUUGAAGGAGAAUAUUUUGUGAAAACAAAUAUGAGAGGAGCUGCCGAGUUUAUGCUUACCAAAGAUUACCACAACAAUUGGGAAAGUGAAAUGCAUGAAACUUUUACGUUUUGGUCCUUGUCGGAUUGGAAGAGAGAAUUGAAUCGAGUUGGAUUUAAAGUUAUUGAAACAGACAGCAGUAGUAGUGGGAUUGCCACCCGAUCCUACACAAAUGAAUGGAUUGCCAACCAACGAUUUGACAGUCAUUGCAAGAUUUAUGAAUGUCCUGAGGUGGACGAUUUGAGUAAGGUUUCAAAAGCAAGUCUCAAGGAGUUGCCUUAUCCUCCAACGAAUGUGAUUAUUGUGGCGGAAAAACCUUCUGAAUUCGAGGAAAUGUAA